CUUUGUAUAGAGCAAGUAAACAUAGCGGAAAGUGAUAAGGUACUCUCCAGUAUAAAUCUUCCCUACAACUUAGACGAAUUUGAGUCGGGCACAGCAAUCACAUCGCUCAAGUGUGAACAUGUUCGCCUGUUCAGACGUGAAAAUUCAGAUUCGUCCAACGUGCGUUGGUGGAGUAGUGGUUACACGCUUGCCUCGUAUGGUUCAAAUCCCGGCACGGCCAUUGGAUGUGCACUGCUGAUGAGCUCUAAUAAGAGCGAAACUCGAGUCCAGUCCUUCCCCCGUUUGGUGUGGACUCACCAGAAUAAUUACGUCAGAACAAUAGCCCGACCGUUCAAACGAGAGUGUUGUGACUAUCUAUUCCCCAAAACCCCAAAAUUACUAUGUAAUGGUCCGAUUAUUAAUCAUCCGACGAAGAGCCACGUGCUUCGAAUACGUGUCUACAUUUCAGUGAUUCACGCCACAAAAUGCCGAUUUGGUUUCGCGCAUUUUAUUACUUUAUUUAUGGGUGUUCCUGUCUUAAUUACAGGUAUCGCUGGAUGCGUGUCCCGAACGGCGACAGCCCCACUGGACCGAAUCAAACUAACCUGGCAGGCCUUGGGUGGUAAGGCAGCAGAAGGUGGCUUGAUGGGCAGCCUGAAGAAAAUGCUCAGGGAAGGAGGAGUGGCAUCAUUGUGGCGAGGAAACGGUGUGAAUUGUUUGAAAAUUGCUCCGGAAUCGGCGAUCAAGUUUCAAGCCUACGAAAUUUAUAAGAAAUGGCUCGGUGAGAUAUACGGUGAUCCGAAGAACGGCCCGAUUUCGAUGGAGACCAAAUUCUUUUCCGGUGCGUUGGCUGGUGCCACAUCGCAGACUAUCAUUUAUCCCAUGGAGGUACUCAAAACUCGGAUGUGUCUUCGAAAAAGUGGACAGUAUUCCUCCAUAUUUGACUGCGCCAGGAAGCUCUACCAUGAAAAUGGAUGGAGAAUAUUCUAUCGGGGCUACGUGCCAAACAUUCUGGGAAUCUUACCGUACGCUGGAAUAGAAUUGGCUCUUUUUGAAACGUUCAAACAAACCUACGCACGAUGGACUAGUAAGGAUGGCAAAGAACCUUCCGGUCCGCCGUCUGUCUAUGUGUCUGUAUCUGCUGGGGCAUUGUCCUCUGUCUGUGGUCAACUUGGCACGUAUCCUUUGGCACUGGUUCGGACAAAGCUCCAGGCACAGACAGCAGGAUCGGAAAGGGUGAGUGUGCAUGCUGAACAUACCGGG